UUGACGAUGACGGCGCAUGGAGCAAGCCCAGGCUCCUGCUCGUGCGUUGGCCAGUAAGCCCAAGAGCACACAUGCUCUCAAAAGGGCCAUCGGGCGUGCUGCAAAUUCUGGGCCGCGCGGCGUCUUCGCGCGGCGACCGCGCGCCACAAGCCUGCUGUGAGCGUCUGUACAUCCGUCUGCAGGCUGGCGAUGGCUGUUGCGCGCAGCCGGGCGUCAGCACGUGGGCGCGACCCUCGGCGAGAAGCCCAGGGGCCAGCCAGGGAGGCGAGGGAGGAGGAGAAAGGAAGGAGGAUGAGGCGGAGACGCAAUUCUCACCCGAGUGUGGAAGCGGGGUGAACACACGCAAUCGGAGGAUCAUCGAAUAUCCCCACUAGCGCUGCCCCCGAAGAAUGGGCGCGAGCGCGCCGUCACUGCCCGGCCGAGGCGCGCUCCGACCGCCGGAACGCCGCGCGCCCGCGCAUCGCGGCGAUGCGGCUCGCCGGGGAGGGCUCGCACACCACCGCGAGCAGCUCGCCAGGGCUGGCCGCGUGGGCCUCGGCGCUGC